AGAAAGCUGAUAUUUUACUCACAGCCACAUAUAAUAAAAGAUGGCGAUGAUAUUUUGCAACACUCUCCUCUACUCUUCUUCUCCGCUUCUCUCGCCGUUACCUUCGAUACGAUCAAAACCGUCGCGAUUCUCAAAGAGAGUACUCACAGUCCAAGCUCAAUUCCAGUCCAUGGAUCAAAACGAUCUCCUCCUCCGUCAGAAAUUCAUGGAGUUUCCUUACGUCUCGCCCUCGCGCAGGGAGCUAAUGGCUGAUCUCAUGUCGACGUUGGAGGAUCGCCUCCACUCGCAACUCCUUCCCUGUAGCCUCCCAACGGAUGUACGGAACUUCAAGAACCCUAACGGUUCUGCCGAAGCUUCUCUUCACAUCAGAUCCGGCGAGAAAUCAUCUCCGAUUGAUUUUGUUAUAGGAAGUUGGAUACACGUCAAGAUUCCGACAGGAGUGUCUCUCAACAUAACAAGCAUCUCUGCAUUCCUAAACUCCUCAACAGAAGCUCCAAACUUCGUGGUCGAACUCAUACAGAGCAGUCCCACGUCGCUCGUUCUCAUCCUCGACCUCCCUCAUCGCAAAGACUUAGUUCGUCACCCUGACUAUCUCCAGACCUUUUACCAAGACACUGCUCUCGAUACUCAUCGCCAGUCACUCCUCAAGCUCCCCGAGAUCAAACCCUACGUCUCGCCGUCUCUCUUUGUCCGCUCUGCUUUCUCUCCCACAGCUUCGAUGCUUAAAAUCGACGCGGACGAAGGGGAGAGGCUGGAGGAGAUCUUGAGGGAGCAUGUGAGUCCAACUGCUAAGCAAGUUCUUGAGGUUUGGCUUGAGCGUUGCGCGAAGGAGGAGGAAGGAGAGGAGAGAGUGGUGGGAGAAGAAGAGAAGUUGGAGUUGGAAAGAAGAGAUAAAAGCUUCAGAAAGAAGAGCAUAGAGGAAGAUUUGGAUUUACAGUUUCCUAGAAUGUUUGGAGAUGAAGUUUCUUCCCGUGUUAUACACGCUAUCAAAGAAGCUUUUGGAGUUCUCUAGGUUACAUCAGUAUCACUGUACGAAUAAACUAGUUAAACAAAUGUUACAGUCUCUGGUUUACUAAUCUAAAUCGACCCGUUUACACAAUCGCGAUGUCCUCUAGAUAAUGUUAUAUUAUAAAAUAUUUUUAUUUGUUUUGA